AUGAAUAGCCGGUGUCAAGUGGACCUGAUAGAUAUGCAAGUUCAAGCUGAUAGGGAGUACAGGUUUAUCAUGGUCUACCAGGAUCAUUUAACAAAAUUCGUUUUGCUGAGGGCACUACAAACUAAAAGAGCUGAGGAAGUAGCACAUCACCUGACUGACAUUUUUUUGACAUUUGGAGCUCCUUGUAUUCUGCACUCUGACAACGGCAGGGAGUUCGUCAAUUCCGUUAUUAAAGAAUUGGCAACACUUUGGCUGGAGUUGAAAUUAGUAAACGGAAAGCCAAGACAUAGCCAAAGUCAGGGUUCAGUGGAGCGAGCCAAUCAGGACAUCGAAAAGAUGCUUGCUUCCUGGAUGUUGGACAAUAAGACGACGAAAUGGUCAAACGGUCUAAGAUAUGUUCAAUUUAUGAAGAAUAGAGCAUUUCAUUCCGGAAUAAAACAAUCGCCCUACCGAGCCAUGUUCGGGAUAGACCCAAGAGUAGGUCUUGCAACGUCCAAUUUGACAAAAGAUAUUCUUGAAAAUAUAGAAGAGGAGGAAGAUCUGCAGAGAGUUAUCAAUGACAUGAAUAAGAUUGACGAGAAUCUGAUGGAGAUCGAAACACAAAGCGAGAUUGACGAUAAUCAGAUUGAUAUUGAUACACAAAAUGAGAUUGACGAGAAUCAGAUCGAGAUCGAGACACAGAACGAGAUUGAGAGCGAGGUGAUGAUCGAGACACAGAACGAGAUUGACAGCGAGGUGAUGAUCGAGACACAGAACGAGAUUGAGAGUGAGAUCAUCAACAAUCGGAACGAGAUCAAAUCAGCGAGAAGAAAAGCUUUCGAAAAUUUAAACAAUCAGGCAAAAAAAAUGAAGCGAGCCUCUAAUGCCUCCCAUCCUCCUGUUAAAGUUGGAGAUAAUGUUCUCAUUCCAAUCCCAGAUGUCGAUCGAGCAAAAGCUGAUUUCAGAAAUGUCAUCGGAGUCGUUUUAGAGAAAAAUGAAGAUCUACACAAAAUAGGAACGAAGAAUGGAAAAGUCGAUAAACUUUAUUGCAGGUCGGAAUUCGAUGUCUGGCAAGAGACAUUUCUUUUGCCUAAGAGUGUACCAGAUGUUAGAAUCAGCUUAAGAACAGCAGCCAGAAAAGCAGCUAUAACACCUCAAGGAUUUACGCGUUGCUCUUGCAAAAAAUCGUGCACAUCAAACCGAUGUCUAUUUCAUUCAAGUGCUUUCAUUAAUCCAGAACAAUAA